AUGCUUGAUAUUUUUUCUGAUACAAAAUCCAAAUCAAUUAUUUCUACCAUCCAAAUAUAUGCUGUUGGUGAACAUCUCAAGAAAACCAUCACACACUAUACCUGGUGGACAACUGCAAUAACCAUUUGUUAUCUAAGAUUACAUGCUUCUUUUCAUAAAACAAUUUGGGAAGUUCAUUAUGGAAAAGCUAGAAAAUACUUGGGAGAACAGAUCAAGAAUGAAGAAUUAGAAGAAGAACUUUUGAAAGCAUGUUAUAACCAAGUUUCAACAACAUUUAUAAAAAUUAAUCCUUCAGUUGCAAAAAUUGCUCAACAAAUUAUGGAUAAUAGUAGUUCAACCAAUGAAACCAAGAAAAGAAAAGAAAAGAAACAAAUACUUUAA